GCAACAUUAUAAUACGAGAGAUGAAGGCUGUGAGAUCUAAAUGUCUUGAAAUCAUUCUAAAAACAUGUGUUAAAACAAAUCUUAUUCUAUGGUAACAAAUUUAGACUCCAACGAGUCUUUGGUAGAGAGAAUUAAAAGCUUAUAUACACAUGUAUCGCGUGAAAUAAAUAUGUUAAAGAACAAUGACAUUUGUUUUCGUACAGUAGUAGAAGAGAAGAGCGUAGGACCAGCUGAUAUUAUUGAAUUGGAAAAGUGAGACGGCUUGAGGUGUCAGUUUUCAUAGCAGAUUAACUUCCAGUUAGAUUGGAUUAUUUCACUUUCUGAACCAUGGCGUUCUUUUACCAAUUAAGAUUGCUGUUAUGGAAGAAUUUUACUUUAAAAAGAAGAAGCCCCUUUGUGGUAUUAUUUGAAUUAUUUAUACCGUUAGUGCUAUUUGUUAUAUUAUGGUUAAUAAGAAAAAAAUUACCAGCCAAUCCAAUUGGUACACAAAAAUUCCCCGCAAUGCCCCUGCCAUCCUCUGGUAUGGUCUCAUUUAUGCAAAUGUUUUGUGAAGGGGGCCAGAGAGAUGACCGUGGAUUCAUGGACUACUCAAAAACAGGAACAACGCAGAAGUUUUUAAGCCAGUUACAGACUGUAGCUCAACAUAAUAAUUUUUUUAAUCCCGGAUUUACCCCGGAUGAAAUGGAUGAUCUGCCAACUAUGUAUGAAAGUGUUAUAGAUGAUCCAGCAUUUUUCCAUGACAUAUUUGAAAAUGCAACAGACCUACAAUUGAGAAAAAUUGUGAAGAAUGUUAAAGUGGUUAGUGAUUUUCUGGAAUAUAAUUUAUCAUUACCAACAGAUGAGGUCAAUGCCUUGUUAGAUUCUGAAAUACAUGUUAAAGAGAUAUAUGAUUACUUUGUUGACGAUGAUAUUUCCAACCUGACCAAACACUUGGUUCGAAUACGAAGAGAUGCAGAUUUGCCAGACUCACUUUCACAGGAAAUCGCCGCCAAAUUGUCGAAGGAAGCAUUAAAAAAGAUUUUGUCGAAACUGGGUGAUUCUUCUAUGGGUGGUACAUCUAUGUUAUCGAGUAUUUUAGACAAUAUGCCAGAUGGUUUCAUGGAAAGUUUACCAGAUGAUUUGAAAGAAUCUAUAAUAAAAGAGAUUAUGGAACAUCCAGAUUUAAUAACCCAUCCGAAGACCACGACUAUUGUACAAGCUGUGAUAGAGAUUAUUGAGAAAUCUAAGAAUUCCAUCAUUUUAAAUCCAAAACAAAUUGCUCAACUUAUGAAGAUAUUUAUUUUUUCACCAGAUAAGUUGAAAGCGUUAAGCUGUGAUAAGAAAUUAUUUCUAAAAUUAGCUGUCUCAAAUACAAAAGAUGGUCAGAUAAAACUGCGUAAACUACAACAGAAUAUGUGUAAUUUAUCCAGACAUGAUUUUGUAGAAUUAUCAGAUUUUCUCAAGUCUCAUAUAACAAAUGAUGAUAUUAUUAAAUUUUUAGAUUUAAAGUCUGUGAAUUUAACAGCCACUGUUAAUAAAGUAGAAGAUUUUAUCCACAAUGUUGAUAAAUUUGUUCAAUUUCAAACUGAGUUAGAACAGUUGGCUACGUUAGUAGAAAUGUUACCAGUAGAUCAGUUUGAUAAGAAAAAUGAUACAGAGAUUGUUACACCGUCGCCUAGCAACUCAUCAAUAAACAGUAAUAACACUGCUACAGAUAAUCCAGAUGUCAUCAAGCCUCCAGUACAUCCUAAACCGUCUAAACAUGGUUUAUUAAAAGUAUGGAGUUUCAUGCAGAUUGCUGUUUGUGGAAAAAAACCUAAAAAUUCUGAUCAUCCAUUUGAUCCAACGGAUAUAGACAGCGUACCAUUAACUUCACGUCAACAAAGAAUGCUGGGUAUUAUAGUUCAUAUAUUAUACAGUAAUCCCAAGGUGCUUUACGCUCCAGUUAAUACAUCUGCUGAUGAUGUCAUCGUCAAGGCGAAUGCUACGUUUGCGUUUAUUGAUCUGAUUGGAGUUUACGCUGAUAAAUGGUUAAAUGUAUCUGUAGAACUGAGAGAAUAUCUCGAAAAACCGCAGACGGCCAAGAAUCUACAACUUAUGAGAAAUAUGCAGACAGUGUUGAAAAUGCAUAAAGGUAUCGUGGGUAGAUUUAUUGAUUCAGAGAAACUUUCGACAUUUAUGAAUGACAAAAUACCCACAGUUCAAGAAUAUCUUCAUAUGUUAGAUGUUAUCGAUCAUGCGGCUAAUAUGUGGUUAGGCAUGACGGAAGGUAUCAGUUUAAAUGUUUUUCAAGGAUUUGAAACUGAGGCUGAUAUGGUGGACUAUUUCUUAACGAAGGCUUAUAGAAAUAAUGACAGUGUCAUAGCAGGUGUUGUUUUUGAGAAUAUUGAAAAAGAUGGCGGACUACCACCUCAUGUUAAAUAUAAGAUACGACAAAACGCUACCUUUACACCUACCACAAAAUAUACACGUAAACAAACCUGGUUUCCUGGACCGGGACCAUCAACUCAUCCUUAUUAUCAGUUUGGAUUUGUCUGGAUUCAGGAUAUAAUAGAAAGAGCUAUAAUAGAUGUACAAGUUGGUAGAGAUGUUAUUGAACCAGGUACUUUUGCUCAACAAUUUCCGUAUCCCUGUUUCGUAUAUGAUCAGUUUAUGUUUAUGAUAGAACAUGUUAUGCCACUGUGUUUAACAAUAUCCUGGGUAUAUUCAGUAGCUAUGUUAGUACAGAGUAUUGUAUAUGAAAAAGAACAGAGACUUAAAGAGGUGAUGAAGAUGAUGGGAUUAAGUAAUGCUGUACAUUGGUUUGCAUGGUUUAUAUCGUACUGGAUACAGAUGACUAUUACCGUUAUAAUAUUAACUAUGAUGUUAAAGUUCGGCCAUGUUUUAGCUCAUUCUAGUGGUUGGCUAAUAUUUGUUGUAUUAGAGUUAUAUGUUGUAGCUGUAAUUUCAUUCUCGUUUUUGAUUAGUGUUUUAUAUUCGAAAGCGAAAGUAGCAGCUGCUUGUGCUGGUAUUAUAUACUUUCUGUCGUAUGUACCGUAUAUGUAUAUAGCUAUUAAAGAAGAUAUAGCUGGUGAUAGAAUGCCUGGUGUUUUUAAAUCUAUUGCUUGUCUGUUUUCAACGACAGCGUUUGGAUUAGGUGCCAAGUAUUUUGCGUUUUAUGAAGAGAUGGGUGUUGGUGUACAGUGGGAUAAUUUCUACAUAUCACCAGUUGAAGAUGAUGAAUUUAAUUUAUUUAUAGUGAUGUUAAUGAUGAUAUUAGAUUGUUUUAUAUAUUUCUUCCUGGUGUGGUAUAUAGAACAUGUCUACCCAGGAAGUUACGGUUUACCCAAACCCUGGUAUUUCCCGUUCACCAAAUCAUAUUGGUGUGGUGGCAGUUUAAAACCUGCUGAAGAUUGUGCUAGUAUAUUAGAUCUAUGUAAGAAAGGUUCGACUUAUUUAUCUAUAAUAGAAGACGAUCAGGCAGGAGCUAUGGCAGGAAAUCCUGAUGAUGGCUAUAAAUUUGAACAGGAACCACUACAUCUCAACAGAGGUGUUCAUAUUGAGAAUUUAACAAAGGUUUAUAAACUAGGAAAGAAAAUGGCUGUGAAUAAAUUAAGUUUAAAUUUGUAUGAAGGUCAAAUUACAUCGUUUCUGGGUCAUAAUGGAGCUGGUAAAACUACCACUAUGUCCAUUUUGUCUGGAUUGAUCCCACCUACAUCAGGUUAUGCUACAAUUUAUGACUUGGACAUCAGGACUGAUAUGGAUGUUAUUAGACAGAGUUUAGGAAUGUGUCCACAACAUAAUGUACUAUUUGAUAGGUUAACUGUAAAUGAACAUUUAUGGUUUUAUGCCAGUUUAAAAGGAAUGAAACCUGAAGAUAUUCAAGCAGAAACAGAUAGGAUGAUAGAGGAUCUUGGUCUACCUAAUAAACGUCAUAGUAACGUAGAUUGUUUAUCAGGUGGUAUGCAGAGAAAACUGUCUGUAGCUAUCGCGUUUGUUGGUGGUAGUAGAACUGUUAUAUUAGAUGAACCUACAGCUGGUGUAGAUCCAUACGCUAGACGAGCUAUAUGGGAUUUACUGGUUCAAUAUAAAGAAAAUCGAACAAUUUUGUUAUCAACACAUCAUAUGGAUGAAGCUGAUAUAUUAGGUGAUCGUAUAGCUAUUAUAUCUAAUGGCCAGAUGAAAUGUUGUGGAUCAUCUAUAUUUUUAAAGAAUAAUAUCGGAGAAGGUUAUCACUUGGCUUUAGUUAAAUCAGAUAAUAAUACAGAGGAAAUAGAAGAACAAACUACAGUACACAAUGGGGUACCAAGACAACCUACAUCACCCUGUGAUGAGUCAAAGGUCACAGAUUUUAUUAGAAAAUACAUUCCAUCAGCUUAUUUAGUUAGUGAGAAUACCAGGGAGUUACACUACAUACUGCCAUUUGAAGAAGCCAAAAAAGGAAAUUUUGAGAAGUUUUUCCAAGUUUGUGAAAGUGGUGUAGAACAUCUAUAUAUAGACAGCAUGGGUGUCAUGGAUACGACCCUAGAGGAAGUAUUUUUGAAGGUCACCGAAGCAGCUUGUCUUGAAGAAGAAAAAUUAAAAGAAGACAAGCAAUUAGAAGAAAUAAUAACAAGAGAUGAAUCAACACAUCCUAUAAAUCCAUCUGAUAUAGAUGCACAUGCAACCAAUCAGAAUAAUCUAAAUGAAUUACUGCUGCCUGAUGAUGAUGAUGAUGAGUUGCUAAGCGAUGGAAUGGCGACUGGUGGAGUAAAAGAAAACCCUGAUGUAGAUAUACUAGAAUUAGGAGCAAUGGCUGCUGGAGGGGAAGACACGCCCUCAAAUAGAAAAUAUCCUAAAAUUUAUUCAAAAUAUGAACAAGAUGAUAAAAAUACGCCAAGAGUGCUUUUAGAGGGCCGAGGAAGCCGCAUGCUGAGUAAAAAACUGUUACUGCUGAAUCAGUUCCGUGCUGUUCUUGUUAAACGUUGUCGUUACAUUAUGAGAAACUGGAGGAGUCUGUUCUCACAAAUUAUUUUACCUGCCAUCUUUGUUGCUGUGGCAAUGACUGUUGCCUUAGCAGCGCCAUCUGUUGAUGAUGCGCCCCCUAUAGUGCUUAAUCCUUCUCAGUAUUAUAACAUAACUCAGCCCCACGGAAACUUUGUACCGUUUACAAAUGAACGAUUUUAUCGUCAAGGGAGAGAACUAGAUGCUGGGCCGGAGAAAUUGAUAAAUACUUUACAUUAUCCAUCAGGCCUUGGUGCCACUUGUGUUCUGCGUUCUGCCCACAACAGUUCAUUCGAUACCGAUUUGCUGAGAGACAACAAUUUUGAUUAUAAGACAUUUGAACUUUUAUCGCGAUAUUAUAAUGAAGAAUGUCAACAAGUGUUCACGUCUGGUCUUCAUUUAGAUAGUUAUAUCCCAGAUGCCAUUUCACCCACUUCCAGCACUAAAAUCAACUUCACGGAGCCAGAUACACCACUAGGUCCAAGUUAUUCCAGUUCACAUUAUUAUCCUUCAUGUCAGUGUUUAAAAGAUGGUUCAGGUUUUAUAUGUAGUCGAGCCUAUCAUCCUAAUCCCCCUAGUUUCCGGGUCGUAUCUAAGGACAUUCUACAAAAUAUAACGGGACAACACACAGAGGAUUAUCUACUGUAUACAACCUACGAUUAUAGAUUACACAGAUAUGGUGCCUUGUCAUUUGGUUUAGAACAAGAGUGUAUUCCAGAAAAUUUUGGUGAAAAAGCUCCAACCUUGUUUAAAAAAUUGGCUGUUAGAAAAUUAGCUAAGUAUUGGUUUAACCAUAAAGGAUACCAUUCCAUGCCUGUCUUCCUCAACUCUAUAAAUAACGCCAUCUUGAGAGCCAAUUUACCCCGAUCAGCUGGUAACCCAUCUGCUUAUGGUAUAACUGCUGUCAAUCAUCCAUGGAAUCAAACCAACAAUGAGUUGUCUACCCUGAAUUAUAUUAUGCAGGGUACGGAUGUAUUAAUAGCUAUAUUUAUUAUAGUAGCUAUGUCUUUCGUACCUGCUAGUUUCGUUGUAUUUCUUGUUUAUGAGAAAUCAACAAAAGCCAAACAUUUACAAUUUGUUACUGGUAUAAAUCCGGUUGUUUACUGGCUCGGAAAUUAUAUCUGGGAUAUCUGUAAUUAUGUUAUACCAGCAUUUAUGUGUAUAUUGAUACUAAUAAUAUUUCAAAUACCUGCUUAUGUAUCUGAAGAUAAUCUUCCUGCUGUUAUUGCUUUAUUUCUUAUGUAUGGUUGGUCUAUGACACCUGUUAUGUAUCCAGCAUCGUUUAUAUUCAAUGAACCGAGUACAGCUUAUAUAUUUUUAAUUGUUAUUAAUCUAUUUACUGGUAUAACCUGUAUUAUUACCAGUUUCCUACUAGAAUUAUUCUCUUAUGAUAAGGAUUUAGAGAGAGUACAUAAUGUAUUGAAAUAUGUAUUGAUGAUGUUUCCGAACUAUUGUUUGGGUCGAGGUCUCAUGGAUCUCGCUUUUAAUGAAUAUAAAAAUGAAUAUUACUUCAAAACUGGACAAUAUGAUAUGAUGAUGUCACCAUUAAAAUGGGGUCUAGUGACGAGUCAUCUGGUUGCUAUGGCUUGUAUUGGUCUACUAUUUUUUAUUAUAACAUUAUUAUGUGAAUACAGUUUCUUCUUUAAACCACGACGUCAGAAAGUAUCUAAUUCUCCUAUACAUGAUGAAGAUGUUGAUGUUGCAACAGAACGUAAACGAGUAUUAAAAGGAAAUGGCCGAUAUGAUCUAUUGAGACUGGAAAAUCUUACCAAGGUAUAUCGAACAAGUAAACUUGGUAAUCAUGUAGCUGUUGAUAGAGUAUGUCUUGGAGUUCCACCAGGGGAGUGUUUUGGAUUGUUAGGUGUAAAUGGAGCAGGAAAAACGACCACAUUUAAAAUGUUAACAGGUGAUUUACCACCUACUGCUGGUACAGCUUAUCUUAACGGAUAUAGUAUUGUGAAAGAUAUAAAAAAGAUACAAGAAAGUAUAGGAUAUUGUCCACAGUUUGAUUCCCUCUAUGAUGAACUAACAGCUAAAGAACAUCUACAGUUUUAUAGCAGAUUGAGAGGUAUACCACCAAAAGACGAGCAACAGGUUGUGAGUUGGGCGUUAAAGAAAUUAGGAUUAGUGGAGUAUGCUAAUAAAUUAUCUGGUACAUAUAGUGGUGGUAAUAAACGUAAACUCUCCACAGCUAUAGCAUUAAUAGGUCAUCCACCCGUUAUAUUCAUGGAUGAACCAACAACAGGUAUGGAUCCACAUUCAAGACGUUUUCUCUGGGAUCUUAUUCUUAAUCUCAUCCAAGAUGGACGUUCUGUUAUUCUGACUUCUCACAGUAUGGAGGAAUGUGAAGCAUUAUGUAGUCGUCUGGUUAUCAUGGUAAAUGGCAAGUUUAAAUGUCUAGGCUCCAUUCAACAUCUGAAAAAUAAAUAUGGUGAAGGCUACACAUUUAGUAUUAGAAUUAAAGGACCAGAUUUUGAAAGAAACCAGAGAAAUGUUCAGAGAUUUAUUGAAAGAAAAAUGCCAGAUGCUUGUUUAAAGGAACAACAUUAUAAUUUACUGCAGUAUGAAUUAAAGACAGCUAACGUAUCUCUCUCAUAUCUAUUCUCAAUAUUAGAGGAAGCUGAACAAGACCUGGCUGUCGAAGACUACUCUGUUAGUCAAAAUACACUGGAUAAUGUUUUUAUAAAUUUUGUGAAACAACAGAUGGAGAUAGUAGAAGAGGAGGCACCGAAAGACUUGUCUAAUUGUGACUAUCUUGAUGAUUCUCUAGAAACUCGACCGUUAAUCCAUGACAGUAGUUUAUCAGAUGAUGAAGAUGAUGAUGAUAUGAUGUUAAGAUUGGAUGACUCAAGUGGUACACAGUUAACUCCCUUAUUAGUGAUCAAUGAUUGAACAAGACUGAGUUGAUCAACUAUCUUCUGUGUUACAUCAUUGGCUUCGUUUCUGUUGCCUGAAAUAUCACCAGUUUUGUUCCUGUUGCCCAAAAUAUCAUCAGUUUAUUUCCUGUUGCCCAGAAUAUCAUCAGCUUUUUUCCUGUUGCCCGGAAUAUCAUCGGUUUUGUUCCUGUUGCCCGGAAUAUCAUCAGCACCUGAUGUCAAAGUAUAAAUGUUGUCAACCCAAAGUUAUUUUACUCCCAAUGAUGACGAUUGUGUGUAUUAAGUGUUUCUGUAUUUCACGAUGCCAUUGUGCUAUAAUAAAGUUGUUUUACUCCCAACGAUGACGAUUGUGUGUAUUAAGUGUUUCUGUAUUUCACGAUGUCAUUGUGCUAUAAUAAAGUUGUGACUUUAAAGGCAUUGUGAGAAAUAUCUUGUGAAACAGAGAAUCAGUUCCAGCAAUAGAAUAAUAAUUUGAAUGUAGUGAACAGGAUAUAAUAUAUUAAAUGGUAAUCAUUUUCCCUGACAACUAAACAAUGAUGACAGUCUACUGUGUAUUUUUUUUUUUUAAUAUCGCAAGAAGCUAUAUGACAGGCUCGAUCAAAUGAACGGUUGAUAUGAGAAUCGAAAAGCUGAUAUGAGGACCACUUUAAGAUUGAGGUCACAUUAUUUAAAAGUGCAUAUAUUUAUUGUUCUAUGUCCUUCAUUUGAUAACCUGGACCCGGUUUCUCGAAAUCUUAACUAAAGAUAAAAUGCAAAUUUUAGUAGAUACUUUAAUUUUGAUUGGCCAAGCACUAAAAUCAGUCUAAUAUUAUCCAAUCAAAUUACUCAAAUUUGAAUUAUAUUUUUUAGUUAAGAGCUCAAGAAACAGUGCCCUAACCUUUUAUGUAACUUAUUCUACAGGGUUGCGAGGAGGCAGUUUGUAAGCUUAGUACAGUUGAUAUGUAGAUUGUGUAAUGCAUGUAAUGAUAUUAGUGAUCAUGACAUUUACCUGGUUAUCAUGUUUUUAUUAAUUUUGCUCUUCCACCUCGUAAUCAUUACUUAUAGAGAUGACAGCAGGUGUGCAUUUGUUUUUUGGUCAUUUAAACAAGAAAUUGCAUAUUUAAACUUGACUUGCCUGUAAUAUUUUGAAGCAUUUAUCUCCUUUUUUAAAAUUCAUUUGUUAGAAAUUUAUCCAUUCAUCAUUCAGAAAUCUAUUCAUCAUUCAGAAAUCUAUUCGUCAUUCAGAAAUCUAUUCAUUCAUUUGUUAGAAACCUAUUCAUUCAUUUGUUAAAAAUCUAUCCAUUCAUUUGUUAGAAAUCUAUUCAUUCAUUUGUUAGAAACCUAUUCAUUCAUUUGUUAGAAACCUAUUCAUUGAUUAUUUUGAAAUCUAUUCAUUCAUUUGUUAGAAAUCUAUCCAUUCAUUUGUUAGAUUUCUAAAUAAUAAAUGAAUCGAUUUUUAACAAAUGAAUAAAUAGAUUUCUCUUUAUUCAUUUGUUAGAAAUCUAUCCAUUCAUAUGUUAGAAAUCUAUCCAUUUAUUUGUCCAUUCAUUUGUUAGAAAUCUAUCAAUUCAUUUCUUACAAAUCUAUCCAUUCAUUAUUUAGAAAUCUAUCCAUUUAUUUGUUACAAAUCUAUUUAUUCAUUAUUUAGAAAUCUAUCCAUUCAUUUUUUAGAAAUCUAUUCAUUCAUUAUUUAGAAAUCUAUUCAUUAUUAAGACAAUCUAUUCAAUAUUUAGAAAUCUAUUCAUUCCUUAUCUUAUCGCACAUUUUUUCCGCAAUUAUUAUGCAAAUUUUAAUUUAUCAGCUAGCUUCCAUGUAGUGACUAGAUGUGAUGUAAACAAAUAAUAAAUAGUGCUUAUAACAUGUAUACAAUUUAAUUGAUAUUUACCUUUAGUGGCAUUUAGUGAUUGCAAACAUAACAAAACUAACACAGGUAUAUAGGACAACAGUCACUGAGUUGUUAUAUUUAAAAUACAGGUGUGACGUCAUCCUUUGAUGUUGGCGUAUCAUGAAAUAAUGGUACGGGCAAUGUGCCAGGGGUACAUUAUUUAUACUAGUUGAAAUAUUGGACCCGCGUGACGUGUUUCAUUGAAAUGCAUGUGCUGGAUAGUGUCUGUUGUUUAAGUUUAUUAAUGAUCUCGUGCAAGACAUUGCGUAAUGUAUAGAUAUACAGCCAAUGUGCCAAGCGUACAUUAUUUACACUAGUUGAAAUAUUUGACCUGCGUGACAUAUUUCAUUGAAAUGCACGUGCUGUAUAGUGUCUGUUGUUUAAUGAUAUCGUGCAAGACAUUGCGUAAUAUAUAGAUAUAGCCCUUGUGCAAUAUGAGUACAAUGUAUAUUACUUAAUGUCUCGCACUCGACAAUUAAACUAGGAUAAUAAUAGGAUACUUAUUUAAACAUCAUGCCUGGGUAUAAUAACCAGUGAUUAUUAGCCCAUUUAAAGAUGCGUUAUCUAACAGCUAAAUCUUUCUAUUGCUGGUUUUUACGUUGGCUUCAAGUGGUAUAUAAAUUAUUAUUAAAACAAUUAUUCUUCUCAUGACAAGCCUAUUAAUCAGCUCUCUGGAAUAUUGGAUGGCACAGAUGUAGACGGAUUGAAAUAUGAUCGUCAUUUAAUGUUUUAAUUAACAAGUAACGUUGCUAUGAUAAUAAACAAUCUAUGUCAACAUUUCAAACAGUGGUAACGUCACUCAGAAUAAAGUAAUUUGAAUAAAAUCUAUUUAUUUUUAAACUAUUAUAUCAAGAACUGCCAACUCUUUAUCUAAAUCUUACAUAGUGCAUCUUUAAGUAUGUUUUGUUUAUUGAUAUUUGUAUAUUUAUAUACAUUCAUUGAUAAUUCACUAAAGACCGGGUAUCAUUCAGAUUUGAUGAAAAAAGAAAAGAAAAAACUAAGCUUACCAUCUAUAAUCUAAUACACAUAUUCAGUUAAUAGAUUGCCAUGCAGGAAGUAUUACAUACCAUCAAGAUUCAUCAAAUAACGCCCAGUUUGUGCUACCGUUUAGUUUAAGAAACACCAUUAAGUUUUGACAUCGGUCAUCAAGUUUAUGACCAUUUAGUUUAGUUUUGAUAUUGGUCAUCCAGUUUAUGACCAUUUAGUUUCAUAAACUAGACAACCGAUGUCAAACUAAACGGUAGCACAAACUGGGAGUUAUUUGAUGAAUCUUGAUGGUAUUUAAUACUUUCUGCAUGGCAAUCUAUUAACUGAA